AAGGCACGGCAACUGGUCCGCUUACAUUGCGAAGUCGUCCUGGGUUCUCGUUGCCUGCUGCCCUUCCACAACGACAACGACGGGCAGCUUCCGCUGGGUGGCUUGAUAUUUCACGUUGAGGCACUUUUUUUGGCGUCGUGGACCAAGCACAGGAGGUCUCAGAGACCACGCUGCCAAGACAAUUGUCGCUGGUACCAGGAACGUACAAGAGCUCUCGUGGUUUUGGAAGACGUGGUACCCGGCCGACCCAAAUCAUUCGAGAGCAACGUGCCAAAGCGAACCGCGCGAGCGAUGUUUAACGUUCCUUAUGGUACAUGCAUUAUCACUGCACAUCCAAUAGUCUCCAUGGAGCAAAAAGUAUCUUCGCGGGGCGCAUGA